AUGGAAGAUUUAGACUGGGAGAUGUUCUGGGAUCUGGUUCAUAUGCGCAAAUACCACAUUUUGAAACAACUCGAAGGUGGGGUUGGCAUACCCCAUGUACUUUGGUUCGGUAGAGAGUCGACGUACCAUGCUCUGGCUCUCAACCUCCUUGGUUCAUCACUGCAUGAUAUAUUCCUCAUACACAGUCAGAAAUUCAGCCUUCAUGCUGUCAUUAAUCUCAGUGACCAACUGGUUGUUGCAGAGGCUAAUACCUUUACUCAGCUCUCACGUCUCGAAUACAUUCACUCGCACAAUUACGUCCAUGGUGAUAUCAAACCACAGAACGUCAUGUCUUGUGUCAUGGAAUUCCUGUCGAGUUCGCGAGUAUUCUCGUUUACUCUGCACUCUCUUGCAUUCUCAGAGGAUCCUGACUAUGACUAUCUUUGUUCAUUACUGCAUGGUCUUCAUGCCACAUUGCCCGCAUCAGCUACAUGCUUGCUCGAUUUUGGCAAGCCCGAUGAUCUUUCCACACAUACUCCUGCAAUCCCUGAUGAAUAUCGGGUGACCGAGGUGACACCCCCAUAUCCACUGAAGGCAACACCUCUUCGCCGAUCAACUUGUAUCUCAAGUUAUCUGGAAGUUUACAUCCACAUAACGGCUCCCAACCACAUGCCCCAACUUCAACUCCAUGCAGCAAAAGUAGCCAACGCUGUUGAUGGAACACAUGCAGCUACUACCCCAGCGAGUCUCGUCUAG